UAAAAAAAAAAGUUAAAAAAAAAAAAAAAAAAAAACACAAAGCUACAUACAUAUAAAAGUCCCACCUUUCCCCUCUUUCUCCCUUUUAGUUUUAACGACACAUAUUUCAUUUGCUAUAUUUAUGAGUACACCUUUAUUUCAUUUUAUCUGGCUUAUAGCUGGAUUCAUUAUGGGCAUGUUCUUCAUGUACAAUCUUGUUCCAUUGCGAAUGAAUCAAGUUCAUCAUUUAAAAGCAAGACAAACAACUGAAAAUCCUAUUCUACAAUUUGGCAAUCCAGGACCUGUUGUUGAUUUGCUUGAAAGAACAGCUUAUACGACUAGCUUUAAUCGUAAGGAUCGUAUCCCGUAUUGGGUAGGUGAACAUCUUACUGCAGAUAAUCUUAAAGCGGGGUCUGGAGUCUCUCGCGAUAAAUCUAGUUUUACAGCUGACACCAGUAUACCUUUACUCUUCCGAGUGACGACAAAGGAUUACACCAACAGUGGUUAUGAUCGUGGUCAUCAUGCUCCCGCUGCAGAUGCCGUGAGAUCACAAGCUACAAUGGAUGAGAGCUUUUUAAUGACUAACAUUGCACCUCAAGUAGGUGCUGGAUUUAACCAACAGUAUUGGGCUUACUUGGAAAAAUUUUGUCGUGAUUUGACAAGUACAUUCUCAGAUGUUUUUGUCUAUACAGGCCCUCUUUUCUUACCGCACAGUGUGGAUGGAACAAAAUAUAAGUUGGAGUAUAACGUCAUUGGUGCUCAUAGUCCCUUUAUCUCUGUUCCUACUCAUUACUAUAAAAUCAUUUUGGUUCCUCUAAGUUCUACACAAUAUGCUAUCGGGGCCUUUGUGUUGCCGAAUCAGGCUAUUGCAAAUAGUACUCCCUUGACUAGUUUUCAAGUCGACCUUCAAGCUAUUGAGUUGGCUUCUGGAUUACAAUUCUUUAAAUUAUUAGACAGAACAAAGUUCUUAAAUUUAUGUGAUAAAAUAACCUGUUCUGUCUAAAAAAAAAAAAGAAAAGAAAUACGUAUUUAUAUGAAUAUAUAUAUUUGUAUAUAUUUAUAUAUAUUGAUUCCCU